CUGAUUGGCUAAGAGUAAAGAAGAGGCGUGGCAGCAGGCACAAAACUUGCCGCGCUGCCGCUCCCCUCGGCGCUCCGCUGGUGUUUGCGUGUUGGAGCAGAGGCGCUGUCCCCACCCGAGCCCGCUGAUCAUGGACACGGACAACUCAGUGCUGACUGAUGACCUCAGUGACCUCCUGAGGGAGUUUGAUGAAGUGAUUGAAGACUUUGACAACGGUGAGGCCUGUCAGUAUGAGCAGCACUUGGAGGACAUGAAGAGAAGGACGGUGUCCAGCGUGUAUGACAGUGGCAUCGAUGAGCUAGAGAGUGCCAGCACCUCACCUGGAAGCAGUUUAAACUCCAGUGAGGAGGAUCUCAACACCAAAGCCAAUGCUUCUGAAUCCAAAGCUAAACUCGGAGACACACAAGAGCUGGAGGACUUCAUUGCAGAUCUGGACAAAGUGCUGGAGGAGAUGUGAGAUGCUAUGUCCUGGAUGGAUGCUGAAAGAAGGAUAUUAAGGCAAAUUAGAACUGUGCCUCAUUCUUGCAACCCAUGUUUCAUGUUCUACUUUGUUUGAAAGAGCAGAGUUUAUGACUUGCACGCAAAGCAGCAAGGAUGAGACGGUUACUCUGCAAAUAGGAAUUGCUUGCUUAGCAACAGCCACGAGCUUCCGGUGAAGACCCAACCACAGGCUGCAACAGCAAUGCAGUCAUAGCUGAGAAUCCCAGCUGGGCUUCCUCUGUCUGGCUUAUGGCUGCCUCUUCAGACAACCAGCAUACAUAGUGGAGACCUGAUUCAUUUUGGGAGUGAGUGAUGCUGAGAGUUGGGAGGCAGUUGCAUAUUAGCUUGGGCUGGGUUUCCUCUGCCCUCAAGCUUUCUGCUUACAAGGCAAAGUUGCACCAACUCUUAGCCAGAGUACAGCUUCUAUCCACCUCCCCCAUUUUAUUAAAGGGCUGUCCAUCUCCAAUGGGGUAGAAGAGGAAUGGUUUUAAAGAGAGAUCUCUGCUCAAAGAGCAUCAUUUGGUCCUGCAGCCUUUGGGCCUCUUCUGGGCAUUAUCAUGAUGUCUGUGUGGACUAGCUAUUGGCUACUAAAAUUGUAAGUGGCAUGGGCAUGUCUCUUAACAUGUAAGCAAAGACGUACCAGUUUAAGUAUUUCUUAGAAGGCAUUUUUAGGAGAUCAAUGCUAACAACUGACUGACAUUUUACCAUAGUUUAAGAGUAGAGAGACCCAUACCUUCUAGUUCAGAUCCAGGGAUUUGGUAUAAUUAGUACAACAAAAAACACCAAAUCUGAAAUUCCCUCUGCUUUGGAUCUCUGUUGCAACUUGGCAGUUAAAAGCUUAUGUUUCAAGAUGCAUAUUCAUCAAGGGUAACUACUGAAUCAUAAAUUAUGAUAAUUUUUAGCAUGACUCAGUUAAACCUUCAGCUGCCAUGAAAUUGUGGUUUUUCCACUGACCAACCAGGUCACCAAGUAUUGCACUGGCACACAGUGCAACUACAUCACUUUCUCUGAACUGAAAGUGAAAGUUAUCUCCUGUUCCAAGUAUUAUGGACAAAGUGAUCUUUGCCCAUGUUCUCAGCUUGCCAGUGGGCAUCUUCAGACACUGCCCUGCCUGAACUCUGGAAGUCUGAUUCUGUUCCACCCAUUAGGUACAUAGACUGAUGUUGGAUGUCUAAGUCUGAUCCUAUUUUACCCUGUUCAAGCUCCAGAGAAAAUAUUAGCAUGCCUACUUUUGAAAUGGGCCACUUUUUCCCUGUAAGAUGGUGUCACAAGAAACCGCGAGCUAGAAGAGAAUAUACUGACCACUUGCAUCGCUGCUUUUUCAAAGACUUGAGCAGGAUGAAAUAGGAUUGCACCUGGGUGCCUGAGUCCAUGCAUCUAACUUGGGCGUGGGCAAAAUGUGGCCUGCCAGGCCUUUCUAUCCAGCCUGCAGGGCCCCUAAAAAAUUUUAAAAAUGAAUAUUUAUCUGCCCUGGGCUGCUUGUCAUGUGGUCCUUGAGGGCUUGCCAAAACUCAGUAAGUGGCCCUCUGCCCAAAAUAAUUGCCCACCCCUGAUCUAACUGGUGGAACAGGAUCUGAC